GUAGGAAGCGUAGUUCAGUUUUAAAUAGACGCAUGCAGCGUCGGCGUCGUUCUAAAUCAAUGUGCUAAAUAUAUUAUUUGAAUGAAUACUAUCGUUUAGUAAAUUCAUACGAAAUGGGCGGAGUUGUACCUUUGGUUUCUGUAGAUUUUGAGGUUUUUGGACGAGUUCAAGGGAUAUACUUUACGAAGCACUGUCGAGAAUUUGCAGAACAACUGGGUAUUACUGGAUGGGUUAAAAACACUAGAAAGGGUACAAUUGUUGGUAUUGCGCAAGGAUAUAAACCCAAUAUUGAAGCAAUGAUUAACUGGCUGUCCCAUAUCGGAUCCCCCGGUUGUGAAAUAGACCACUGUGAUUUAUCAAAUUGGCAAACACUAGCUACAGCCGAAUACAGAGGAUUUUCCAUUAGGUUUUAAAUGAGUUGCUUGUAUUAAUUUUUAUAACAAAACUUGUCACAUUGGAUUAAAUAUUCAACAUCUA